CGGUUGAAUUCCGUUUGGAUUCCGUUUGGGCUAUUUUUGCUCAAGAGCGACACCUGCUGGUGUAUGGCAGAACUGCAGUGACAUUUCGCCACGUUUCGCCGAAACGGUUUUUUUGUCAGAGUGUUGGUGUAACUGAUGAGUCUGUCGACUCUGACGAGUCGGCCAUUGUGAUUUUGUUUUUUGCGCCGCGCGGUCGUGUCCGUCGAGCGGAAAAUCGUUUUAUUGGGUGUUCGCGUCUAUGUCGUGUUUUUUUUUAUUAAGUUUUUAUGUGAAAAUUAAAAAGAAUUGCAGUCGCAGAAAAAAACCUGCCCAACAUGCAUCGAAGCUCGGCUUAUAGAAGAGGUUUCCAUUUGGAAAAUAUGCAGGAAAAUUCUCGCAAGUCAGCCCCGAAGCGCAAAAAUCCAGCAACAUCUCAACCAGCGAGCCAAUCAACACCAUUUAAGCUUUCCUUGAAUGACAUGCGGCCAGUGCCACCCGAAUUUGAACUCAACACACCAACCACUAGCCAAAGGGCGAAGGUCCGAAUUGUUAUGACUACUCCGAACACCGCAUCAGCUGAUCCUGUAAUUGAAUAUGAUAACACGACCACUGAACAGGAAUCAAUCCUGGAUCCGAUCGAGACAGAAAUGAGUCCCGGCACCAGCACUCCAAAACCAGGUCAACCAGCAAACCAGAACUCAUCCGCAUCGCAACCCACUAAUUCAGAUCUUCAAAAAAUCAUCCGAGGAACCUACCGCCUCGUCAUGGAUAAAUCAAAAAAACAGGAAGAGCGACUGGAACGGAUAGAGAAAUUGCUAAUCCCACCAAAAAAGCAGAAGUCUCCCGAACCUCGACUCCUUUGGCCCGUUCCAGACCGGAGCCAGCUUGACCUGAUCGAGGCAAAGCUGGCCGACAAUGACAAUUUCGUCAAGGAUUCUCUUAUGGAAAUUUGGGAACGUGCAGAUAAAUGCGACCUGUAUAAAUUUGUUUCUACAAAUUUACGAAACCUGUUGCGAAAAGCCGGACGCUGGACGUGGACAGGAAAGCCAUCCAACGCAAAGCCAGACGCACCUAAGUCUGAGUGCGCGCAGGCUUUGAAGAGUGUGGGUUUACUGAAAGAUUUGGCCAUAUCCAUCUUUAACACAUCGGAAAAAGAUGUUGUUAGUGUGUGUAUGCGGACACUUUCCAACACUAACGAUAUUAAUCGCAAAAAUGCAUUGAAAAAAGGAGCGAUCAAUGCACAAGUGGCAGGUCCAUCUGAUCAUUGAGCUACCUUCAUCCCGUAUGCAGCGCCGUCGAAUCAGGUGUUGCAGCGCCAGUCAUCGCCGACAUUUACAAGUUCAAGUUCAUCAUAUUUCCAUAAGUUGUAUUAGUAAGGAGUGCUUAAAAUAAAAUAUUUUUUCAAUAUCAUACGUAAAGAUGGGGCAAAUAGGGACUUUAUGAAGUAACAAACUAGUUCCUUAACUAAAACAAAACCAAAAAGCAUAUCAUGUACUCAGCUGUCUUGUAAAGUGUAGUCCCUAUUCACCCCAGAAUGAUUUCAGAUAGUUUAAAAUAUUGUUUGCCGAUGUCAUACACAAAGAUGGGGCAAAUAGGGACUUUAUGAAGUAACAAACUAGUUACUAAACUAAAACAAAACAAAAAAGCAUAUCAUGUACUCAGUUCUCUUUUAAAGUGUUGUCCCUAUUCACCCCAGAAUGAUAUAGGAUAGUUUAAAAUAAUGUUUGCCGAUGUCAUACACAAAAAUGGGGCAAAUAGGGACUAUAUGAAGUAACAAACUAGUUCCUUAACUAAAACAAAUCCAAAAAGCAUACCAUGUACUCAGUUCUCUUUUUUAAAGUGUUGUCCCUAUUCACCCCAGAAUGAUUUCAGAUAGUUUAAAAUAUUGUUUGCCGAUGUCAUACACAAAAAUGGGGCAAAUAGGGACUAUAUAAAGUAACAAACUAGUUACUAAACUAAAACAAAUCCAAAAAGCAUACCAUGUACUCAGUUCUCUUGUAAAGUGUAGUCCCUAUUCACCCCAGAAUGAUUUCAGAUAGUUUAAAAUAUUGUUUGCCGAUGUCAUACACAAAGAUGGGGCAAAUAGGGACUUUAUGAAGUAACAAACUAGUUACUAAACUAAAACAAAACCAAAAAUCAUACCAUGUACUCAGUUCUCUUGUAAAGUGUAGUCCCUAUUCACCCCAGAAUGAUUUCAGAUAGUUUAAAAUAUUGUUUGCCGAUGUCAUACACAAAAAUGGGGCAAAUAGGGACUAUAUAAAGUAACAAACUAGUUACUAAACUAAAACAAAACCAAAAAGCAUACCAUGUACUCAGUUCUCUUUUUUAAAGUGUUGUCCCUAUUCACCCCAGAAUGAUUUCAGAUAGUUUAAAAUAUUGUUUGCCAAUGUCAUACACAAAAAUGGGGCAAAUAGGGACUAUAUAAAGUAACAAACUAGUUACUAAACUAAAACAAAUCCAAAAAGCAUACCAUGUACUCAGCUCUCUUGUAUAGUGUAGUCCCUAUUCACCCCAGAAUGAUUUCAGAUAGUUUAAAAUAUUGUUUGCCAAUGUCAUACACAAAAAUGGGGCAAAUAGGGACUAUAUAAAGUAACAAACUAGUUACUAAACUAAAACAAAACCAAAAAGCAUACCAUGUACUCAGUUCUCUUGUAAAGUGUAGUCCCUAUUCACCCCAGAAUGAUUUCAGAUAGUUUAAAAUAUUGUUUGCCAAUGUCAUACACAAAAAUGGGGCAAAUAGGGACUAUAUAAAGUAACAAACUAGUUACUAAACUAAAACAAAUCCAAAAAGCAUACCAUGUACUCAGCUCUCUUGUUAAGUGUAGUCCCUAUUUACCCCAGAAUGAUUUCAGAUAGUUUAAAAUAUUGUUUGCCGAUGUCAUACACAAAGAUGGGGCAAAUAGGGACUUUAUGAAGUAACAAACUAGUUACUAAACUAAAACAAAACCAAAAAGCAUACCAUGUACUCAGUUCUCUUGUAAAGUGUAGUCCCUAUUCACCCCAGAAUGAUUUCAGAUAGUUUAAAAUAUUGUUUGCCGAUGUCAUACACAAAAAUGGGGCAAAUAGGGACUAUAUAAAGUAACAAACUAGUUACUAAACUAAAACAAAACCAAAAAGCAUACCAUGUACUCAGUUCUCUUUUUUAAAGUGUUGUCCCUAUUCACCCCAGAAUGAUUUCAGAUAGUUUAAAAUAUUGUUUGCCAAUGUCAUACACAAAAAUGGGGCAAAUAGGGACUAUAUAAAGUAACAAACUAGUUACUAAACUAAAACAAAUCCAAAAAGCAUACCAUGUACUCAGCUCUCUUGUAUAGUGUAGUCCCUAUUCACCCCAGAAUGAUUUCAGAUAGUUUAAAAUAUUGUUUGCCAAUGUCAUACACAAAAAUGGGGCAAAUAGGGACUAUAUAAAGUAACAAACUAGUUACUAAACUAAAACAAAUCCAAAAAGCAUACCAUGUACUCAGCUCUCUUGUAUAGUGUAGUCCCUAUUCACCCCAGAAUGAUUUCAGAUAGUUUAAAAUAUUGUUUGCCAAUGUCAUACACAAAAAUGGGGCAAAUAGGGACUAUAUAAAGUAACAAACUAGUUACUAAACUAAAACAAAACCAAAAAGCAUACCAUGUACUCAGUUCUCUUGUAAAGUGUAGUCCCUAUUCACCCCAGAAUGAUUUCAGAUAGUUUAAAAUAUUGUUUGCCGAUGUCAUACACAAACAUGGGGCAAAUAGGGACUAUAUAAAGUAACAAACUAGUUACUAAACUAAAACAAAUCCAAAAAGCAUACCAUGUACUCAGCUCUCUUGUAUAGUGUAGUCCCUAUUCACCCCAGAAUGAUUUCAGAUAGUUUAAAAUAUUGUUUGCCAAUGUCAUACACAAAAAUGGGGCAAAUAGGGACUAUAUAAAGUAACAAACUAGUUACUAAACUAAAACAAAUCCAAAAAGCAUACCAUGUACUCAGCUCUCUUGUAUAGUGUAGUCCCUAUUCACCCCAGAAUGAUUUCAGAUAGUUUAAAAUAUUGUUUGCCAAUGUCAUACACAAAAAUGGGGCAAAUAGGGACUAUAUAAAGUAACAAACUAGUUACUAAACUAAAACAAAACCAAAAAGCAUACCAUGUACUCAGUUCUCUUGUAAAGUGUAGUCCCUAUUCACCCCAGAAUGAUUUCAGAUAGUUUAAAAUAUUGUUUGCCGAUGUCAUACACAAACAUGGGGCAAAUAGGGACUAUAUAAAGUAACAAACUAGUUACUAAACUAAAACAAAUCCAAAAAGCAUACCAUGUACUCAGCUCUCUUGUAUAGUGUAGUCCCUAUUCACCCCAGAAUGAUUUCAGAUAGUUUAAAAUAUUGUUUGCCAAUGUCAUACACAAAAAUGGGGCAAAUAGGGACUAUAUAAAGUAACAAACUAGUUACUAAACUAAAACAAAACCAAAAAGCAUACCAUGUACUCAGUUCUCUUGUAAAGUGUAGUCCCUAUUCACCCCAGAAUGAUUUCAGAUAGUUUAAAAUACUUUUUUUCCGAUUUCAUUUACAAGGAUGGGGCAAAUAGGAAAUUUAAACAAAAACAAAACAAAAACAUGCCAGUUCUAAUUUAAUGAGUAGUCCCUAUUCACCCCAUUAUUUUUUAAGAUUGUGUCAAAUAUUCUUUCCCGAUGGCAUUUCCGGCGAGCUCGAGCGCCGGGCAAUCAGCUUAGUCUAACCAGUCUUAGUACGUUGUUUACCUUAAUAAGUGUAUUUAUAGUUUAAACCGUUUUUUAUAAUUUCCGCAUAAUAAAUAAUAAUUCAAUUGAAAACUUGUUGUUUUUUUUCGUACAAUCCUCCAAAACGAAAAAGAAAACCAGCCAGAAAAAUGAAGAAGAAGAAGAAGCUCCUGUCAAAAGCAACCCGUCCAUUCCGUUUCGAUUCCGUUUGAAUUCCGCUUGAACCGAUUUGCGGCGAAAAGUCAAACGGAACCGGUUGUUGCGUUUGAAACGGAAUACGGUUUAGAAUCUAAAACGAACACUGUUUAGAAUUCGAAUCGAACUUUUUUCGCUCAAGUGGAAUUCUAAACGGAAUUCAAAC